AUGACACAGCAAAACUACAGCAAGACUUUUAUCCCUUUAGAAUCGGACCCAGAGAUCUUCACUGCUCUAGGUCACCAGCUCGGUCUUGCUGAUUCGGUUGUCUUCAAAGAGCUAUUCUCGCCCGAUGAGUCUGUCGAUGGUAAAGUGCUAGCCUAUACAUUGGCAUUUCCCACGACACCCACCUACGAUGCCGAAAGAGCCGAGAAUGUGAUACACAAUACUCUGUCGCCAGAUCUGUCCGACGUUGUCUUCUUGAAACAAACCAUACACAACGCGUGUGGUCUUUACGCUCUGCUUCAUGCUGCUUGUAAUGGAGGAGCGCGAAAAUUCAUUAAGCAAGGUUCGAUCUUACACAGCUUGCUUGAAAUACCCGCAUCAGAAAGAACCCACUUCUUGGAUGAGUGUCAGGAGCUGGAGCAAGUCUAUACGGUCGCUGCAAAUGAAGGCUACACCGCACCACCAACAGAUAUUGAGGCUGAAGUGGACUGGCACUACACUUGUUUUGCUCCAUCAUCUAGUCACCAUAAGCUUUAUGAGCUCGAUGGCGAUAGACAAGGUCCUCUUGAGCAUGCCACUCUGGCCCGUGAUCUCACAGACUUCAGCUCGGUCGCAAUCAGUCUCAUUCGAAAAUAUUUUGAGGUCGCAGAGGGAGAAAAAGCGGCACAGUUCAAUGUCAUGGCUCUCGUUGAAGGGUCCUCGUGA